AGCUGACACUCUUCCCUACGCCAGCCGCAGAGCCGGCCAGUUUAGCAGGUGCAGCUCCUCUCACACCUAGUCCUCCUCCGCUCGCCGAGGUUCUUUCCGAAGAAGAGAAUGCCUCUGCAGUCCACUCUGUCCGGCAGAAAGUCGGACUCCAUCCAGGCCGUCAGCACUCAGUGGGAUGGAAAGUCCUUUGAGCAGCUCAGGCAGGAGUGUCUCCAGAAGGGGGUCCUGUUUGAGGACCCGGACUUCCCUGCAACCGACUCCUCGCUCUUCUUCAGCCAGAGCGUUCCCGUCCAGAUUGAAUGGAAGAGGCCAACGGAGAUAUGUAAAAACCCAAAGUUUAUUGUUGGCGGUGCGGACCGGACUGACAUUUGCCAGGGACAGCUAGGGGACUGUUGGCUCCUAGCGGCCAUCGCUUCUUUGACUCUGAAAAAAGAAGCUCUGGCUCGAGUCGUUCCUCCCGACCAAAGCUUUGACCAAGGAUACGCCGGCAUCUUUCACUUCCAGUUCUGGAAUCACAACAAAUGGCUGGAUGUGGUGGUGGACGACAGGCUGCCGACGGUGAGAAACCAGCUCAUCAUGCUGCACUCAGCCUCCAACGACGAGUUCUGGAGCGCCUUGCUGGAAAAAGCCUACGCCAAAGUUUAUGGCAGCUACGAGUCCCUGAAAGGCGGCAGCACCAUGGAGGCCAUGGAGGACUUCACAGGUGGAGUUGGAGAAGUUUACGAAACCAAGAAAGCUCCUGAUAAUCUGUUUGAAAUUAUGAAAAAGGCCUUGGACAGAGGCUCCAUGAUGGGAUGCUCUAUCGAUAUCUCCAGCUCAGCAGAGUCUGAAGCCAAGACCAGCACAGGCCUUGUGAAGGGGCACGCGUACUCCAUUACCGGCCUGGAAGAGGUGAAUUUCAGAGGCCAGAAAGUCCAGCUGAUUCGAAUCAGGAACCCAUGGGGUCAGGUCGAGUGGAACGGCCGCUGGAGUGACAAUUCCAGAGAGUGGGAUUAUGUUGACAAAGCAGAAAAAACACGAAUCCUGCAGAAUUCAACUGAUGACGGCGAAUUUUGGAUGGAGUUUGAGGACUUCAAGAGGAACUAUGAUAAGGCGGAGAUCUGCAACAUGACCCCUGAUGCCCUGGAUGACAGCACAAAACGCCACUGGGAGGUCAACGUGUUUGAGGGCAACUGGAUCCGUGGCUCCACUGCCGGAGGCUGCAGGAACUACAUUGACACGUUCUGGACCAACCCACAGUUCAGGCUGAAGCUGGAAGACGCUGAUGAUGACGAUGACGUCUGCAGUGUGGUGAUUGCUCUGAUGCAGAAGAACCGACGGAAGCUCAGAAAAGAAGGCCUGGACCUUGAAACAAUCGGCUUUGCAGUCUAUGAGGCUCCAGACGAGGAGGACCACGUGGGGAAAGAUUUCUUCCGCUACCACCCCUCUAAGGCUCGCAGCAGGACGUAUAUCAACAUGCGAGAGGUGUCAGAGCGCUUCACCCUGCCCCCCGGGAACUACCUGCUGGUCCCCACCACCUUCCAGCCCCACCACGAGGCCGACUUCCUCAUUCGCAUCUUCUCCGAGAAAAAGGCAGAAGCCAUAGAGAUGGGGACCAAUGUGGAUGCAGACCUGCCAGAGCCACCCAUGCCCAGCCCUCCAGAGGAGGAGACAGAUGAAGAGAAAGGCCUGAGGAGGCUCUUUGAGCAGUUGGCUGGUUCGGACAGCGCUAUCAGUGUGAGAGAGCUCCAGCAGAUGCUGAAUGGUGUUCUCAGCAGAAGAAAAGAGAUCAAAUUUGAUGGGCUGAGUCUCAGCACCUGCCACAGUAUCAUCAACCUGAUGGAUGUGGACAACACAGGCAAGAUGGAGUUCCAGGAGUUCAAGGUCUUUUGGGAUAAGAUGAAGAAAUGGAUCAUGCUCUUCCUGUCCUAUGACACAGACCGGUCAGGGAAGAUGUCUUCUUACGAGCUUCGCAUAGCUCUUAAAGCUGCAGGUAUGCAUCUGGACAACAAGCUCCUGCAGCUGGUUGGCUUGAGGUUUGCAGAUGAAAACUAUGACAUUGACUUUGAUGACUACCUCACCUGCAUCGUCCGCCUGGAGAACAUGUUCAGAGUUUUCCAGGCCAUGGAUGACCGUAACAGGGGAAGAGUAAAAAUGAACAUCAUGCAGUUCCUUAUGUUGUCGAUGAAUGUCUGAGAAAGAGGUGGAAGCAAACAGGCGCUGGAGGAGGAGCAGAAAGUAGUGAAAUAUUGCCGUGUUUUACGUUUUCAUAUUUUAAAGUCUUUAUCUGUCCAGUUUACAAGCCACUGUUUAAUGAAUAUUGUGAAACGCUUUCUGCACCAAAGUGUUCAGUCGUUUAAACUUUGGAUUUUGCUGCCUUUUCUUCAUUCAAUACCUGAAUGCAAACAAAUUGUUAAUAAAAAUCUAUAUUAUAAAUACUUCUGUUUUUGUCUUGUUUAUUAAUAUAAGGGUUAAAGGUGUCUUGGUUUUAUGGGUAGCAGGCCUGCUCCUCGUCUUCCUCCUGGAUCCCCCAGCCUAAACUACACAAGCAUUGCUUUGUGACUUGUCAACCGCUUGUGUUGCCAUUCUGGGUCUUUCUCUUUUGACUGAGUCAUAGUUUCUUUGGUGUUUUGAUUUUUGUAUUAAAGAGAUUUUUUUUCCA